CGACAUGAAGACUAAGAUGGAGCUGCUGAUCCUGGAGACCCAGGCCCAGGUGUGCCAGGCGCUGGCGCAGGUUGACGGGGGUGCUCGCUUCUCGGUGGACCGGUGGGAAAGAAAGGAAGGAGGUGGUGGCAUCAGCUGUGUACUUCAAGAUGGGCGUGUUUUUGAAAAGGCUGGGGUGAGCAUUUCUGUCGUUCAUGGAAAUCUUUCUGAGGAAGCAGCAAAACAGAUGAGAAGCAGAGGAAAAAAUCUGAAGACUAAAGAUGGUAAAUUGCCGUUUUCUGCUAUGGGUGUGAGCUCCGUCAUCCACCCCAAGAAUCCUCAUGCUCCUACUAUGCAUUUCAACUACCGAUACUUUGAAGUAGAAGAAGCUGAUGGUAAUAAGCAGUGGUGGUUUGGUGGUGGAUGUGACCUUACUCCAACGUACUUGAACCAAGAGGAUGCUGUCCAUUUUCACAGAACUCUAAAGGAGGCUUGUGACCGGCAUGGUCCAGAUUUCUACCCCAAAUUCAAAAAAUGGUGUGAUGAUUACUUUUUUAUAGCCCAUCGUGGAGAGCGGAGGGGCAUUGGGGGCAUCUUUUUUGAUGAUCUGGACUCUCCAUCCAAGGAGGAGGUGUUCCAGUUUGUGCAGAGCUGCGCGCAGGCCAUCGUUCCUUCUUAUAUUCCUCUUGUGAAAAAGCAUUGUGAUGACUCAUUCACCCCCCAGGAGAAGCUGUGGCAGCAGCUCCGAAGAGGACGGUACGUAGAAUUUAACCUGCUGUAUGAUCGGGGUACGAAGUUUGGCCUCUUCACUCCAGGAUCCAGGAUCGAAAGCAUCUUGAUGUCUUUACCUCUAACUGCCCGAUGGGAGUACAUGCAUUCACCCUCAGAGAACUCCAAAGAAGCUGAAAUUCUGGACGUCCUACGCCAUCCAAGGGACUGGGUGCAUUGAUGCAGGCAGAACAGCCUUCCUGGGGUUUUGGGGACGCAAUGUGUGCCCCAUUCCCCUGGCUGGCUCUGUUGCCACUGUGUGGCAGUUAGCUACCUGUGCCUCAGAGCCCCAGUCUUCUCCAUUCAGGAGUCUGCCUCCUUGGCAAGUAGUGAAAUGUAUUUUCAGCACCACCGGUUUUCAUUGGAUGUUAUCCGUAACAGGUGAUGAGAUUGAGGCUUGUCAUAGUCAACUGGUUGAUUUAAAACUCAUUUAUACUUUUAGAAUCAUUUUAUAUGACUAGUUUAUAAAAUAUGACAUUGAAUUUCCAAGUUAAGGGAAUCUAAUUAUUAUAAUUUGUAUCAAGAAACUCAUGUUAUUUUCGUAUCUUUUUUUUUUCCCCCAAGUUUUAGUUUCUUCCAGAAAAAGCUAUUGUGGAAUAAAUUUUAUUUUCAUUAAUUCAAUGAGGUUGAGCUUAUUAAUAAUUUUAGAAAACCAACAUGAAAUGAAGGUAAAAGUUUUAAUUUUUCAUUUUGAUAUUUCUUUGAUCAUAAUCUUUAUGUGUCUUUCUCUAGAGAUCAUAAUAUUAUAAAAUAUUCACUUUUUUGUGACAGGUAUUUAGGAACACUUGAAAAUUUCUUAAUCUCUACAUGUGUUACAAUUCAGUGAUUACCUAUAGUUGUUAACUCUAAAGUGACAUCAUGGUUAUUUAAAUAAGGGACAUCUAAGUUGCAACUUUAAUUUUUGUAGAACUGUAAUUUGUUAAUGUUGGGAUUCUCUGCUCUUAUGAAUGUGAAAGCUUAUAACCUUAGACUCUGAUAUUUAAAAUUUUAUAUUCCAGACAUUUCUAUAUGGAAAUUUAGACUAAAAACAAUCCUGGCAAUGUUAUUAAUUAAGGAAAUGUUUCUCAUUUGGGAAGUGAUAAACAUUUUCCUUCUUUAAUUAAAGCAAACAUAAAUGUUGUAAGUGUGAGAAGCAUGUCGAUACUUCACAAAUAUUUUUUUCUUGUAUGAUGGACUAAUUGAAAUUGUCCUCUUUUUAAAUUAGAGAUUCUGUAACUCUUAUAUUUGCUUUUAAAAGAAAAUCACAACAAAAUUUUUAAUAUGGCUUCUUUGUUCACAUAAUAAUAUGAAUGUAUUUUAUUCACAAUUAUAUUGAAGUUUGUAAGGAAUAGUAUCUUCCUACAUAUUGUUAAGCAUUAUCUUGGAAUAUGUUGAAGGUAUGUGACUGUUUGACCCUUUAGGGCUGGAAAAUGUAUGAAUUCUUCAACUGUCUUACAACAGACAGUUUUUAUCUGCGGUUAAAUUUUAUCAUGAAAUAUGACUAAGAAGUGUUGGUAUUUUUCUUUUUUUCCCCCAGGAUAAUCAAUAUAGGAAAGACAAAUAUUUCUUAGUACUAAGACUGUGGUUCCUCAUUUUGAGGUAUUUUACCGAAGAAAAACAAUUUGCACUCCAAUUUUCAUAGCAGCAUUAUUCACAAUAGCUAAAAAUUAGAAAUAACACAAAUGCUGCCCAUCAGCAGGUGAAUGGAUAAAGAAAUUAUGUUAUAUCCAUAAGUUAAACCACUACUUAGGAGCAACUAUUGAUAAACGCAACAACGUGGAUGAAUAUCAAAAAAGCAUUAUGCCAAAGGAAAGAAGCCAGACGCACAGAAUACUCACUGUAUGACCACAUUAUACGCAAACCUAGAAAAGUUCAAACUAACAACAGAAACAGAUCAGUGGUUGCUAGGCGCUAGGACUGGGAAAUUGGGAAAGGGGACAAAAUAAUAUUUUGAGGUGAUGGAAAUGUUCCAUGUAUUGAUUGUGGCAGUGGUUACCAGACUCUAUACAUUGAUCAAAACUCAUUGAACUUGACACUUAAAGUCAUUCAAUUUAUUAUAUGUGUAAUUUAUACUCAGUGUUGAUUAAAUUAAAAACCCAUAAAAUAGGCAUAUAGGAAUGAAUGUUCAAAUAAACCUCAGUUUACCUUUUACAAUAAAAAGUCCUUUAUCAUAUA